AUGUAUCAGAAAAGUAGGCAGGAAAUACCCCCACCCAAUUUUGUAGUCAAUGAAAGAGAAGAAUUUUUAAAUAUAUUUAAUUAUAAGAAUGUCAAGUGCUUCAGGUCCUGUAACUACAUCUACAUUGGGCAAUUUAAAAAGGAGAACGACCCGCAUGGAAGAAGAGAAAACGACCAUGAUUUGGUGUGCAAAAAAGAUGAAGAUAUUAAAAAAAUCGAAACGAAAGAAUUCACAUCGGUUAGGGAAAAAUUAGACAAAAAAAAGAAAAAAAAAUGCAGUAAAUAUAUAAAAGAUGGCUAUGGAAUUUUAAUAACGUUAAGGAGGAACACCUUUGGUCAGGAAGUAAUUGUAAACAAGUUCAUUGGUAAAUGGGAAAAUAAUAAAAAAAACGGAUUGGGAUUUAAUUUAUAUUUAAAUAGGAAUGUCUAUUACGGGUAUUAUGAGGAUAAUAAAAAAAAUGGAUGGGGCCACUUCGAAUGGAGAGACACUCAGUCAUAUUAUGAAGGGAACUGGGUUAACAACCAAAUGAAUGGCAAAGGUACAUAUAAAAGUAAAACAUUUUUAUUCGAUGGAGAUUUUUAUAGUAAUAAAUUUCUGAACUCGUCUGGGGAAUGGAUAGAUGUGAUAGCCAUGGAAGAGGAAAAAAAAAGUGUGAGCCUUCUCAGCAGAUAUGUAAUUAGUGGUGACGACAUGGUCUAUUUAGUUUGCCUCCCUUUUGAUUUCUUAAAAAAUAAUUUAAAAAAAAUUGCAGACCUUAUUAAGUACAAAUAUAACAAGGUUCCUUUUUUCAUGUGUUCCAAGGGCUUUAUCGAAAUGAACAGAAGUUUUAACUUGUCUAAAUUUAUAUUCUUAAGUUAUUAUUUUGGUUGUGACAAUCCAUUUUUCGAGGAGAGCAAUUAUCAGUUUCUCUUCGACGGUGUACAAAAUGAGGAGGGAAAAAGAAGCGAGGGGGGGGAUUCAAAAGUAGGCCUGAAGGAUUCGAAUUUGAAGUCAUCCCGAAGUGGCACCCCUUCGAAUUCUGCUGAAGAAGUAGAAGGUGACAGCAGUUCAGGGGAGUCUAGUUGUUUCAGCGAUUCUAAAAAGUCGGAUGAAUCUUCCAGCUCUGGAGCGACUAGUUCUUCGGAUUUGUCAAGCGGGGAGAACGGAGGGAGCCAAGGGAGUGAUAAAGAUGGAAUGCCCCCAUCUAACUCCUCCAAUUGGUCAAACGGGCGUGCUCAUUCCAACCACUCCAACGCGUCUGCCUCUUCGCAGCUCUCCAGCUUGUCUGCCAUCACCAACAGCUGGUGCAGUUCAAAGUGGACGGGCGAGCCCCAUGACGAUUUAUACCACUCAAAAAGUGAAUCCCUGAAUAAUGUCGAUAUGAUCAGAAAUGAAAGCAAAGGCAGUAACGAGAGUGACUUGAAGGAGUAUAUAAAGAAUGCGAAUAAAUCGAAGGACCUUAAGGAGGAAACCUUAGCAGAAGCGCCACCCAAGUUUAGUAACAACUGCAAAAAUGGAAUGGAGCUAAACUCAGACAGAUGCAAUGAAGAUAUCUGCUACGAGAUGGAAGAAAGGAAAAAGAACGAAAUGUAUCAACUGAUGAAGAAGUACGUUAAUAUUUAUGCUAAUUCGGAAGACACUUCCAGUGAGUAUUCGAUAAGGUCCAGCGAAACCGAAAGCUCCGAUGAAGGGGGAGGUUUCCUCAAAGUGGAAAGUAAGCAGCAUUUUGAUCAAACGAAGCAUGUUCAGAACGAACAAUCAGGAGGUAUUAAACAUACAGAUGGGAAGGAAACAGUGGGAGAAAAUGCGAACCAAGAAGUAAAUAACCCAUCGUCAGGUGAAAAUAAUACGUGUGACUUGAACCCCUCGGAAAGUGGUGCCCACCUUAAUAUGCGAAAAAAAAAAAUCGAGAAGGAAUUAGAAAAGAUAAAAAUAGACACCAAAUUUUUGGAAAAACUAAAAAAUUGCAAUUUGACAUGCAUACACAAGAUAAAGCAUAAAAUGGCAACGUCCAUGAUGCUCAAGUAUCCAUUCAUUUUUAGCUUAAGCAUAAGUGAAGACAAGAACAAGUAUAAAACUAUAACUGAGGAAUUCCUUUUAGAGAGUUGCACAAUCCCUACGAUGUGGUUAUUACAGAAUUAUUUUGGAGCCACAGAAAAUAAAUUACCAGAAAAAAUUUUUUUCCCUCCCUUUUUCGAUUUUUACAAUUCAAAUAUGAACAUGUCUAUGCGCCCCCAUUUUCAGAAUCCCCAACAUAAUGACGAAGUGGACAAUUUUAAUGGUAGCGAAAUUUCGCCGUUGAAUUUUUUCCUCAUCACAGAUUUGUUAGUAGGGCACACAAAAGAUAUCAAUCAUUUAAAAGCUUUAGUGAGGGACAAAUUUAUCAAUGUUUCAUUUUUGAGUAACUUAUUUUUUGUCAUCCUUGAAUAG